AUGGUGUCUGGAGACAAUGCUCAUGGAGUUCAAUUCUCUGAUACUGGUACCUGCACUUGCCCGACCACUAUGGCAGUAUGGACAACUUCUCGUGUGUGUCGGCCUCUUCAGCAAAGACAACCAACGCCUGCAUUAGCAGUCCAUUUCGCCGAAUGCAGACACCUGCCCCGUUACGUGGAUUUGGACGAGGAAGAGCAACAGCUGUACCGGGCCGCGUACGAAACGCCAUCUUACGAGGGCGAUCAGUACGAAGAGGACAAUGACCCGUCGAUGACCAAGCUAGACUUGCUCAAGGACGCCAUUUGGGCUAUCAAAGCUAAGGUCAAAGAGCUGAAGGCCUUCAACAAGGCCCUGGCGGCCAAUUUACUAUCGACGAAGCUCAAACUGAAGGAACUGAUUGCCAGUGGUCUGCUACUCAAGAAGCACGUGCACGGCGAGGUAGUGGAAAAGAAAAAGCCCAGCCCUAACUAUCAGGCCCCUUCUCAUCAGACGUACGAGCCCUAUGCACCACCCCAUUAUAUGCAGGAUCAUUAUCACGGAUAU